UGUCUGUGCCUGCCUCUUAGAUGACAAUACAUUAACCAGUUCGGUAUGUCGAAGGGCUGGCAGGUAAAGAUGUGUAAGUAAGGAGACAGAGGGCAUGCAGGUUAUGACUUUGUUAUCAAACAGUUGCAAUGUGCAAGCUCACCUUUCUCCGUCACAGCUCUUACCCCCCAAACCUCCUGUAGGUAAUGCGCUUUUAGGUGUCAAAGUCCUAAAACACAAGACGUGACACUAAAGUGGUAAGAAUAUCUGUCUUUAAGUUUAGAUUACAGAAUACAUGAAAGCUUGCUUUGCCAUUUGGCUUUCAGGACGGUUAAAGUUUGUAAGAGCUUCUGAUGAAAUGGAAGGAAGCUUGUCCUCUUUCCUCAUCAGUUAGGAUACAGUUGGACAGCAGAACCCUUGUUUGCAAACAAGCGAGAGAGGGAAAUAGAAUGUGCUCCAUGUACUGUACAAAUGUGUUUUAAACUGUUACAUUUGAUUUCUUGUUUCUCAUCUGUAUUAAAACAUGUGGCAAUGUAAGUAAACUCUAAUUUUGAGUUUGAACCACAAGGAAGCUAGCAUGUAUUUCAGUGCUGGCAGUUUGCCCUAAUACACUUUGGUGUAUACUGGCGUAACUGGAGCAAGUGUUUUUCUAGCGUAGGUCAGGUGAAGACACGGGAAGGAUGUAAUCUAACGAAGAAAAUUAGUAAGAAAAACUAAUAGUAAUGACAGCAUAUUUUUUAAAUGAGAUGAUGUGGUAAGUCGGAGAGUUGAUGAGAAAAGUCUCUGCUGGAAUGGAAAUGCUAAAGAAGCACAUGCACCAGAAUUCACUGUGGAAUAUGUGCACAAAACUGUGCCAACAGAGGUUCAGAGUGGAUGCUAGAAUAAAUCUCUCUACUGUGAGAGUGAACUGGCACUGUAACAGGCUUCCUAGUGAGGUCAUUAAUGUUCCAUGCCUGUUGGUGUUUGAGAGGCAUUUAGUUAGUACUCUUAACAAUAUAAUUAACUUCUUAUUAUAGUGGAAAUGCAAAAAAAUAAAAAUAACAUCCAGUAACCACACUCAGAUCGUUACUUCCCAGGCUGUUUAUAUGGGCUACCAGGCAUAUAUGUUAAUAUCUAUUUUACAUUUUUCUAUUUCUAAAUUGUUUAGAAGUCCUGCCCUCCAUUGCCUUGAUAACCUGUGAUUCUGUUACAUUAGUGUGCUUGUCGGUCGUAUACCUGGAACAAUUUUCUUGUCAUACAGUGUUUAUUUUUGAAUAUUAUUUCAUAUUUUAUUUCUGAAGCUGUUAAUUAGCAUCUGAUCGUAUUAUCUCUGUAGUAUUAAUACACUGUGAGGGGAGUUCAACUUUCAGUCUGCUGAGGUAUAGGAUUUAGUUUCUGUGCAUGCAGAUAGUUGUAAAAUGCCUUUGUAAUUCUCCAGCUUUAUUCUUCAGAUAACUCAUCAGAUGACAUUUUUCUCUAGUUUCACCUACUUUGAGGUUAGCUUUUAUUAAGGCAGGAGGGAGUUCACAGCAUACAAGCAUCCAAGGCUGGGCUGGAUGGAGCUCUGAGCAGCCUGGUUGAGCGGGAAUUAUCCCUGCCACCCCCUCUGCUACCAGAACUGAGUGAUCUUAAAGGUCUUUUCCAACCAUUCUAUGAUUCUUUGUAUUUCUUCAUUUCAUCAAAGACUAAACUCAGAACGUCAAAGGUCAGCAACAACAAAGUUUGCUUGUCUGACUCUAAUACUGACAGUAGCAAAUGCUCGUUGACUAAAAUUGCUUUUACAGUGAUUACCAAGCACACCUGGCCAUAGGAAUGAAUUGAAUAAAACUAAAGCAGCACACAGAGAAAAUCCUAUCACUAGUACAUUUACCCAGAUUUUCUGUAGAAGUCAAAAUAUCAUGUAAAAUGCUCGGUGUCUUAGAAUGUAUUGCAAUUGAGGUAUUCAGUUUCCUCCGUGAAGCAUAUGCCAAGCUUCGCAUAAACUGCAGAAUGCAGGAACUUAAAACAUAAUGCAUGGAAUACAAUUUUUGAUCUGUGCUUUCCAGAUUCUCCCCAAGAAAAAAAGUGGUUUAAUCUUGUAUGAAAUUAAACUUCAGAACUCUUUGUUCUAAGGGAGGGAGAAAAAAAAGUCAGAUUUUUGUCUGUAUGGGUGCUUGUCUUGAAAUGCUUUUCUUUUAUGUUACCUUCUGCAAGAAAAAAAGUGAAAACUCAGGAGGAACAGUUGAUUUUUUAUUUUUCUUAAGUGCACACCACACUGAAGUAAAGUGUGUUUCAUAUACUUCCCUUCAGAUGAUGGAAAGAGGAUGCAUGUGCAAGACAAUGUAAGGCACACACCUUGUAAAUUGCAUGUGUGAAAGGAGGGUAAAGUGAGACCAUCUCAAACAGUUUUGACAGUUCAAGUAUGUAAAUUAUUGCUACAAAGAACAGUGAAUGAAAGUUAACUGUAGUAGAUGAAGUACUGUGCACAGGCACACUCAGGAAUCGCAGUGCUCUGGGCUGUCUUCUCCGAUUGAGGGGGCAUAUGUGCUGCUGUUUGCUGCAGCUUCCAUGCAGCAGUGUGGAGCUUUUACAGGAGAAGUUGAAUUCACAGGUCCAGUAGCAACAGCAGUAAGUCUAAAGAAGAAGAAAGUAUUACAUGUGGAGUGCAUGGUCACUACAGACUAGAACUUUUGUGUGCUUAUUUAUGCGCAUGCUUCGUGACCUAAGAAAAAGGGGUGCUGUUUAUUUCCAUUUAAGAUUGCUUCAUCAGUCCUGACGUGUGAGCUGGGUGGGCAUGCAAUACUGUUGACCAAAGUUGGCAGAAUGGCUGGGCCCAGAGUGUUGUCAUCAGUGGUGCAAAGUCUGGUUGGAGACCAGUUACUAGUGGAGUAUUCCAGGAGUCAGUACUGGAUCCAGCAGUGUUUGACAUUUUUAUUAAUGAUUUGGAUGUCUGAGCAAAAUGUACCUGAGAGGAGUGGCAGAUAGAGCACAGGGUUGUGCUGCCAUCCAGGGAGACCACAACAAGCUGGAGAAACAGACUAACGAACUUCUUAUGCCAAGACAAGAUGCAUUUGACCUCUUGAAGCACAAGAACUGGUUUUGUCUAAACAUCAGGAAGCAUUUUUCUGUAUGAAUGAUGGAGCACUGGCACAAUCUGCUCAAAGGCUUUCUCUCCUUUUUGUCUGCUUCUUUUUCCGCAGUGGAGGAAGAGGAGGACUUUUUGUUUUCAGUUACAGUGUAAGCUUUUUAGACCACAGGCUUCAAUAUUUAUUUUCUCUCAAAUGAGACUCCUUAAUAUUUGGGUCUCCGAAGAGUACUUCAUAGGUAAGGUCAAAUUGUAGUUGGUUUGGUGGCAAGGGUUCUUAGAUCACAACCCAAGGCCCCCCCCUUUUUUUUGCCUGUAGCAGACUUUUCCCUUUCCUGCUGUGCAUGUUCCCAAUAUGAGAUUGUACUCUUCUCUUGGAAAGUGUUUCAUUGCGAUCCUCAGAAAAAUUAGGAUUAUUAACUGUUCACAUUCAAGCAUAAGUUUGUUGUGCAGGUAACCGAAAGCUGAAAGUUUAAGCUUAUAUUUGUGUUUAUAUAUGUUUUGCUAGUGGAAGGGUCACAGGCGCCAAGUUAAAGAAGUGCGUUUAUCUUUACUGAAGUUUAAAACAAUGAGAUAAGAAGUGAAAUUAUAUGACAAGAAUAAAACAGAACAAGGCAGUGCAACUAACUGUUACUACGUGAGGAUAGUAAUUGUGAUUAAGAAAUACACAUUACCAAUUGCCCUAAUACUUUACCAUUGUCCAGAUCUGCUGCUGCUGGGGAGCCCCAGUUGCAGCAAGGAUUUGGAGAGCCUUUUCCAGCAACUGGGAGGUCUUAUGCUGUGCACCCACUUGUAGGUGAGGUCUCCAGCUUCACUGCAAGAAAGUUCAGCUUUUAUACUGUUGAAUAAACAAGUUUACGUGACAAUUAGGUGGAAACAUCUGAUUUCAUUCUCCCUUUGGAUUUCACCUCAAGCCUUGCCAGGGCUCAAGGAGGAACCAAAUAGGUUUGUGUGCUCAUAGGCCUUAACACUAUGCUUCUAAACAAGGAAGGGUUAAUACAUUCUCAGAAUGUUUUAUCUAAGCUACAUCUCUUGCUAAUGAGAUGUUUUGUUCAAGAUACAUAUUUCGCUAAUGAUCACACAUAUUUUGCUGAUGUUCAGAUACUGAUGAUGCAUAACGCUGAGUUGUGAAAUUGACCUGAGGUCAACUUGGAUUCCAGGCCUACUGUUCAGCCUGUGAUUAUGGUUCCAACUGAGAGAUUGUUUUGGAGCUUUUUAAAAUCAUGUAUAAUGUGAAUUAUCCUUGUUUCCUAUUGGCAACUGUCACUGCUGAUACUGUGGGAUGUAUGUGUACAUAGAUGGCAGAACUGUGGCUUCAUUGCCUUCAGAGGCAGUGGGGUUAUUUUAAUUGGAAAAGAAGAAAAAAAAGAAUCUCCAUUAAGGCUGACAGUGGAGUAAACCAUAAGUUAUGAUAGGGUGACUGAGUUGCUAGCCUUGGCACUGACCAAUUAGUCAAAGUUCUUGUUCUGUUUGCAUCUGAAAAUUUAUUUAGCUUGUAACAUGUACAACUAAGCCUUCUGUUACAAAUAUGGGAGGCUUAGUGUUUAUAGUUAGAGGAGGUGUUUGCCAUCUGUUUCAAGCUCGUGAAGUACAUGCUGAUUUGCUUAAUGAGAUGCAGUGUUUUAAGAUGGUAGUGCAUGUGGACUUUGAAUAUGGAAUUCAACAUUUCCCUUUGCUUGCAUGAUAGUUUUAUCUUUGUAAAUGUUAUAGGUGGAGGAAACCAAUCAAUGUUGUUUCUUUGUUAAGCUUUUGAAUUAAAAUAAUUGCUUAAUUGUUGUAUAUAUUAAAAAAAAAGUUUCUGGGGGAAAAAAAAAAGUAGCAGCAUAUUGAGCAAAGCUUAUUGAACGUCUUGCAGUUGUCCUGUUUAAACCACUACAUUUUUCUUCCCUUAAAUUGAACGUAGUUGUCAAAUGCACUUAAAAGCUGCUUUGGAAUUCUAAAUUGGUCACAUUGUGACUAGAUAUUUAAUUUAAUCGUAGAUUUUGCUUCCAGUGAAGACACAGACAUUUCUGUUCUUUUGGCAGUACUAUGAAAGCCAGACUGCAAUGGCCGCUACACUGUGCAUAUUCUCAGUCUCUGAAGAUCUCGGUUGCAGGCGUGGAGAGUUUAGCAGGAAGCACUAUGGGUCUGUGGAGCUUCUUAUAUCUAGUGAUGCUGAUGGAGCUAUUCAAAGAGCUGGACGAUUCCGUGUGGAAAAUGGCUCCUCUGAUGAGAAUGCAGGCUAUGCUCCAGGUACAUGGCACAGGACAGAUGUACAUUUGGAAAAUCCAGAGUAUUAUACAAGAUGGUAUUUCAAAUAUUUUUUAGGCAAAGUUCAUCAAAAUUAUAUAGGUACAGACUCAGAGAAGAACCCUUUCUUUCUGUCUGUUGUACUUUCUGACCAAAAUAAUCAGCGUGUUCCUCAAUACCAUUCAAUUCUUUGGAGAAAAACGGGUACUCAGAAAAUAUGUCUCCCUUACAGUCCUACAAAAACAUUAUCAGUGAAAUCUAUAUUAAGUGCAAUGAGUCUUGAGAAAUUUGAGAAGGGCCCAAGGGAAAUUUUUCAUCCUGAUAUACAAAAGGAUUUAUUGGUUCUUGAAGAACAAGAGGUAAACGGAUCUGUGAAUUUUAAAUUUGGAGUCCUUUAUGCUAAGGAUGGGCAGCUUACCGAUGAUGAAAUGUUCAGCAAUGAAACUGGAAGUGAAAGCUUUCAAAGAUUUUUGCAACUGUUGGGUGACACAAUCACUUUGAAAGGCUGGACAGGCUAUAGAGGAGGACUGGACACAAAAAAUGAUACAACAGGAACCUUUUCCAUCUAUACAAUUUACCAAGGGCAUGAAAUUAUGUUCCAUGUUUCAACUAUGCUACCAUAUUCUAGAGAGAACAAACAGCAGGUAGAAAGGAAGCGGCAUAUUGGAAAUGACAUUGUCACCAUCGUAUUUCAGGAGGGAGAAGAGACUGCUCCAGCAUUCAAGCCAUCCAUGAUUCGUUCUCACUUUACACAUAUUUUUGCCUUAGUGAGAUAUAAUAAGCAAAAUGAUAGUUACAGGCUAAAAAUAUUUUCAGAAGAAAGUGUUCCUCUAUUUGGGCCUCCACUUCCAUCCCCACCUGUGUUUACAAAUCACCAGGAAUUCAGGGAUUUUGUUUUAGUGAAAUUAAUAAAUGGGGAAAAAGCCACCUUGGAAACACCAACGUUUUCUCAGAAACGUCAGCGUACUCUGGACAUGCUAAUCCGCUCUUUAUACCAGGACCUGAUGCCUGACCUACACAAGAACAUGCUGAACAGAAGGUCCUUCAGUGAUGUGUUACCAGAGUCUCCAAAAUCAACACGGAAGAAGGAGGAAGCUCGGCAAGCAGAGUUUGUCCGACUUGGUCAGGCACUCAAACUGAAAACUGGUGUGAAAGGGGAUGCACCAGCUAACUUGUCAACUGCAAGCUUUUGUAAAAAGGAGCCUUGGGAGUCCCAGUCUUUCUGCAGUAAUUUUCCUCAUGAGGUUGUCUGUGCAGAUUCUUGGGGCCAGUCCUUGCUGGUUUCUACAGAUGCUGGCAUCUUGUUAAUAGAUGAUGGUCAAACCACUGUUCAAGUAUUUGAUAAAACUCUGCAAAUAAAACAGAUGCAUGUGCUGGAAGCUCUGGAUUAUUUGAUUGCCCGAACAGACAAAGGGAAAGACUCACGUCUUCUUGUCUUCAGAUUGAGUUCAGUCCAAAAAGAUAUAGAAACAAAGCAGGUGGUAAGAAGCAAAUAUGACUGCAGAGAAAACAAAUUGGAGAGAACGAAAGGCUGCCAUUUAUAUGCCAUUAAUACUCACCAUGGCAGUGAACUGAGGAUUGUUGUGGCUAUUCGGAACAAACUGCUUCUCAUCACAAAGAAAUACAAUCCAUGCAACAGUUUAACAGGCAGCUGUCUAUCAUUAUCUGAAUCUCCAGUAGAGGAAUUCCAGUAUAUCCGGGAAAUAUGCCUUUCUGACCCUCCAGUGGUUAUGACAUUAGUUGAUGGACCUACAGGAGACAGUGACAAUAUGAUCUGCGUAGCUUAUCGGCAUCAGUUUGAUUUAGUUAAUGAAAGUACUGGGGAGUCCUACAGACUGCAUCAUAUUGAAGCAAACAAGGUUAAUUUUGUUGCAGCUAUUGAUGUAUAUGAAGACGGUGAAGCUGGUCUACUGUUAUGUUAUAACUAUGUUUGCCAGUAUAGAAAGGUGUAUCCUUUUAAUGGAGGUUCUCCACUGAUCCAGCCAUCAGCUUACGAUUUUCACUUUAGCUGGAAUCAAGUUCCUUAUGCUGUUGUCUGUGCUUUCCCUUACAUACUUGCCUUCACUACUGAUUCCAUUGAGAUCCGUUUAGUGGUGAAUGGAAACUUAGUCCACACAGCAGUUGUACCUGAGCUUCAACUCGUAGCAUCCAGGUUGGAUAUUUAUUUUAAAGCUGCUGCUGCAGUAAGUGGAUCAUCUCAUAGUGGUUCUAAGGAAAUGAGUUCAAGGAGUUCACCUCAAACACCUACAGCUUAUGACAUUCCAGAAUGUUCUGUGUCUUCUUCAGAAGUUUCAGGUGAAGUUACAUGUAAAAGCCUGUAUAAAAUUCCUCUUAGUAAUCUGGUUGGGCGAAGCGUUGAACGACCUCUGAAGUCACCUUUGACUCCUAAAGUCGUCACUACUCCAACAUCCAGUGGCAUUACCUCUCUUCCUGUAACUCACUCACUGUCCUUAUCUCGCAUGGAAAUUAAAGAAAUUGCAAACAGAACACGUAAAGAAUUGCUGGGCCUCUUGGAUGAGCCUAUUCCCAAGACAGAAGGUGCACAGAAGCAAAAAAAGAUUCCUCGAAGACAGUCAGACCCCAAGCAGGGAGCAGUAAGAUCAACUAGUAGUGACAGUGACUUUUGUCUUCAUCUUUACAGAAUAAUCUCAGCCUCUUUCGAAAGCUAUUCUGAGGGUCGUCAUCUUUCCACUAGUUCAGAUCCUGAUUCUGUAGCAAACAGGGAGGAGAGCUCACCAUUUAGCUUUCCAUUUCAUCUGACUUCUUUAUAUGAUGAAGACAUCAUUGACUUGAAAUGAAGACAGACAAGACUGUUCCUUACUUCACCUUUUCUUACAACUCUGUGAGCUCUGUAGGAAUGUCACAAACAGUGCUUCUAGUGGUAAAAUGUGGCUGGAAGUAUUGGUGAUUAAUCUUUAUAGGUCUCAUGUUGUUCUGGCUUGCUUAGCCUGGUUUGGUGAUGCUUACAUCUUUGACGUUUGUAUGUUUUCUUAUCUCAGUUAAUGAACCAUUACUUUUCUGUGGUAAUUUAAAGGAAGGUUAUCAAUGAGAGGUUUAGGCUGAAAUUGAAGUAAAUAAUAAGUGUUACAUAUUCUGAGCUACCUGAAGUAGCGCUCCGCAAAGCUAAUUCCUGUUACUAAUAUAAAUUGUUUUACAACAAUGUGUGUGAUCUAGGAAGAAGAAUUUUGUAAUGAAAAUCACUCCUUUUGUUGUUGGUUUUUUUUAAUCUUAAAAAAGCUUCAAAAAAAAAGACCUUCUAGACAAGAUCUUUCCAAACAGUUCAGUUUGUCCUUGAAAUGAUGCAGCUGCAUUUUGUUCAGUGAAGAAUCAAGAUCCUAUAAAGAUCAGGUGACAUAAGAACACGAUGUUUUCUCUGACCUGUCUGAGUACAUAUUUCUAUAGGAACCUGAAAACUGUUUUGGCAUUAAGAAUCUUUGAGCACAGGGAAUUAUAUAAAAAAUACAAAUCUUCCUUUAAAAUUUCAAGUCAAAAUUAUAUGGUAUUUCUCCAUCUACUGGAAUAACUUUUCUGUAAUGGCACCUUUGGAUUUCCUUGUUACAGGCAGAAGCCACCCCCAAAUUUUCUUUCUGACUACAGAAAGAUUCCUGUGCUGGCAUCAGAAUUUGUUGUUGUUUGCUCUUGCACCAACAAUUGCAGUCACUGCUUCAGAUAAACAUAUUUUUCUAAGUAGGUCCAGUCUAAAAUGUUACUGCUAGGAAGCUAGUUUUCUAUGAUGAAAUAGCCAUAUAAGAUCUUUUGUUUACCCAAAGGACAAGAUUUCAUCAUUAAGCUCGAUUAUUUUUUAACUCUUCCCUUUAUGCCAAAAAGUCAGUUUUAAACAAUAUUUUGAAAGAGUUUGCUGUUUUUCAUGAAAAUAUGAUAUUUCCAGGCCUUAUAUAUAAAUAUAUGAAGACGUGGGCUUUAUUGGCAGGUGUUUCUUGCUCCUUCUGUAGACAUAAUUCUGUGUCCUUUAUUUUUUUUAAACUUAGUGCAUGUAAGCACGUGGUAAUUUGUGCCUUUUGCUUCUGCCUGUCUGAAUGUGAAACUUCUUUGCAAAGUUUUUCAUGCUCUGUUUAUUGUAUUAUGAUGAAUUAAUAUCUCCACCUAAGAAAAUAUACAAGGCCAUAACUUGAAAGAAUCACUUCUUAUUCUUGAACAAGAAAAGAAGCAAUAAUUCAAGCGGUACUUAGUUCAGGAGCAGAAACAACAUUAACCAGCGGCUGCUCAUAGUUUUUUAGUAUUUUGGCAAUCAUGGAUGUGUGGGGUGAGCCUUAAUAAACUUCUGAACGGAAGUGCCACCUUAAAGUCUUUGCAGGAGCUUGUAAUUGUCAGAAUUUCCAGAGACCACAGUCAUUUACCCCAACCUGCUUAUCUGGUCAGUUGGGGUUUAAGAAAAAUUGGUCCAGAAGCAUCAUGUGGUCCUUAUCUUGCUGGAAGUUAUGAACACUUCUGUGGACUUAAUGAAUCCACUUUAGGAAGCACUGUUUGCACUUAGGUAUUUUUAGAAAGCAGAAGCAUUGCCUUUUUCAGUAUACAAAUUUAUGAGUGUAGUAUUUAAUUUCUUUGUGUGGGUGUUUUUGAAGUGCGUACCAGCUUGCUGCAAAACUCAGGCUUGGUUUAAAAUUAUAUUUUAACUGGAAACUUUGCUUAGUGAUUUUAGAAUAUCACAUCUUAAAUGUGCUGCAGAAGUUCACUUCUGUUAUUCUAGCAUGAUUUAACAUGAGUGAAGAACCUGAACAAACAUGUUUAGGUAUAUCUCAAAAAGAUGUGGAAAAACCCUUAUAGAUGGAGCACUAAAGAAGAAUGGAGAAAGCUUGACAGUACCUGACCUUGCCUAUGGUGGUAGGCACAAUGAUAAAGAUUGGUAUUUGUGGCAAACGUGUCUAUGUGGAGGGAGUAUAAGGCAAGAGUUACUUUCUUUAAUCAGAACUACUACAGUGCCAAAAGAAAGUAGCUUUGUAGUUCUGCCUGUAAUAGAUGACAUCUAGCCAAUACUAAAAAGUGGCAAAAGGAUUGUAAGGAAAACAGCAAAAACUUGACAUUUUAUGCAAGACAAAAAAUAAAAAGACUAGCUUCAUGGUAUUUAUCUGGAACAAGAUGUUGGAGUAGUUUGAAGACGGAAACAUAGUUCCUGUGUCAACUUGCGUAACCCUGCCUCUUCUGACCCACCAGCUGAAUAUAGCUUGACUUAAGGGGCCAACUGUUAUGUAAGUCACACUGGAAACUACCAGACCUAAAUUAUUAAUACUCAGAUAGGACUCAGAUCUCAACAGUGGAAGAAUUGCCUGUCUCCAUUCCUAAUAAAUUAGUGCCUUAACAAUACCGUUUUUGUUUCUGUAGUUAAUCAGUAUGCUGUAUAGGCAUUUAAGAGUAAUAUUAGACCUAGUAAAAGGAGAUGAAGAGGGGUCAGGCAGUGCUGGGGUUUUUUUUACUAUUACUCUUAGAUGUGGUAACUAAGGUUUUAUGGUCACGUUCAUGUCAUAUACUACCUACUUACUGUAAAAGAGUAUCCAGUUGUGUGGGUAGAAGACAGGGAAUGUGGUAGUUAUGCUUGGAUUUUGUUUGUUGCAAGCCAUGAGAACCAAAUAGAAAUUCUUUAUGACAUUUGUCUUACCUAAAAAAUGUGAAGCUGCCAGGACAGCUGACAAAUAUCCACUGUACAAGGAUGUGGUUUCUCUUGGCAUAAAACAGUCUCAUCACUCUCACAAAUUAUCUUUGUGAGAUAAAUUCUUGUCCUAGAACUGGCAGUCUCAAAACAGGACCAGGUUUUAAUACAUCUCUGUAAUCUCUCCAUCAGACCAAUGUCAAGUGACCAGAGUAAAUGAAAUGGCUUCCUGGAAGGCUACUGGGUUUAGCUGCUAUGCUGUUGUUCACUCCAGUGCCUUGAAGCCAUGUUAUUUCCUUUCCUGUCCGCAAUGUGCAUGCUUCUAUUUAAUUAGCUUAGAAAGUAACCUUGGGCACAAAGUGCAACCCUUUUGAUAACAUUUACCAUUCAGACUUUCACAUCUUGUAUUAAAGCUGCCACUUAACCUGCGUUCUUGGUGUUGGCUGACUAUCCUAUGUUUGAGAGAAAAGAAAAUAUUUGGAUAUGCAGCAAAGAUGGGUAGUAGCUUCAUCUAAAGGAGAACACUGGAAAAUAUGCUUGCUACUACCACCUUCAGUAGAAGAGUGGAAAAGUCUUUCUGUGAAGGAAGAGCUGUUAACAGUGUGAACGCUUGCUAUCAAGCUAAGUUAAACUGAAAGUCAAUUCUGGACUGACUCUUAACAUGGACUAGUUGCUGCAAGAAGUGUUUUGUGUCCUAGCUUGCUGGAUUUGUUGGAGGAGAAGGGCUUUUAACUUCCGGAUAAUAAAAUUCUCAUCCCUUCUGCACAGUACCUUAAAUUACAGGAAUUUAGUUCACUUUGGAGUAAGCAGCAGCAGUGAACAGGCAGCUAAUUUAGAAUGGACUUGUACCUCAACAACAUCAGUAAUAACAUACAGAAUCACAGAAUAGAUGAAGUUGUGAGGGACCAGAGGAGAUCAGCCAGCCCAAACCUCACUCCCAGAUAUCUCCAUUCAAAACAACAUAAACUAGAACAGCUUGUUCAGUAUUAUGUUGUUGAAUUUUGAUUCUGUUCAAGAAUGAAUAAGCAACGUUUUGAGUAACUCAUCAUCUUUCUACUACAUUUACUUUAUAACAUGCCUAUAAACCAUCACAACUUUGAGUAGGACCCAAGAGCCCUGGGACACAUUAGUUUGUUCCUUCCCACAUGCAUAAUAUGUGGCUCUUAAGGCUAAUGCUUGAUUAGUCCUUUCCAUGGACAGUUUGGCAUUUAGGAACUUUAGAACAGAGAUAAACCUACUUGUGUUCCAGACUAAACGUCCUUUCUUUCCAGUCUCAGAAAUGGAAAUUAAUGGAAUGUUUCCUUCUGAGAAGAGAGAAAGACUGAAGUACAACAUGGAAGGGCUGGAUGCUCCCAUGAUAGCAAAAGAUAAAUUCUAGCUUGAAUGAAUGUAUGCGAUUAAUAUCUUCAGUUGCUUGGUUUGUAAAGGACAGGUGUGGCUUAUCCUGGUUGCAGUUGUUUCCUGGUUUGGAGCUAAUUCUUUUAAUUUGUUCUGGCUUUUUUUUGUUUGUUUGUUUUUGUUUUUGUUUGUUAUGUUUUUUAAUUGCAUGCCUGGAUGUAAAGUGGCACCCAGAAUGAAUAGCAGUUUUGCUGCCUGCUUUCAUGUGACUUUAUACAUAUGCAAGCAUUUGUAAUUGACUGGUAGAUUCAAAUUUCAAAGUGUUUCUCAAUUCAAAGUGUUUUUGGAUGGUCAACUGAAUAAACGUUAAAACAGUUAUUAGUAAGGCAGGUAACAGAUUAGACUGCACCCACUAGAGGCGUAGUACUGUUACGUACAGCUAAGGGUUCUUAUGCCUGCCCUUUCCUCUCUGUUGUAGGUGUAUUUGGAUGAGCCACAGUUUCAAACUCCUGCAGGCCUUUCUAAAGGUUUGCAUUAAUGACUUGCAUUUGCAGAUGCAAGAGUUUCCCCAUAGCUUUUGGCUUAGUCUGCAUUUGAGACAUAGUCUUUUCAGUUUGGAUGUUUCAAUGUGUAUGUAUACAUGUGUGCGUCAUACUGACUAUGUCAUUAUUAACAAUUUUGAUGUCACGUGCUGAGUCCUUGCUAAUUCUGUAAAAGCACUUUUCUCAGAAAUUCAGGCGUAGCCUGAUAUUGUGGGGAACAGGUUAUACUCAGAACUAAAUACAUUGCAUUAACAAUAUGAGGAAGCUUCUGUGACAGUAUGCAGCAAGCAUGCAAGAUAGAAAGUACAGAUACUGUUACUGCAAUUGAACACAGCCAUUUCACUCCUCUGCUUAAUGCCCAGCUGCUUCACUUCGUUGUUGCAGACCUGCCACUGACUGACUACUUGUUUGCUACUGAAAAUUAAAUUAGGAUAUGAUCGGAAGAAAAAAACUGAGAUGAUUUUUCUCUUAUUUAUUUAUAGCUCUAUUAAGUAUUUAACUGUUUGAAUGGAAAAUGUUGUCUCUAAAGGUUUUUGCAGAAAAUGUAAUCAACCUGCAAUGUCAGUUUUAACAGAGACUUUGAAUGUUAGCAGGCUGUUUUGUAAUUUAAUAACUGCAGUGUUAAGACAGAUACUGAGUCUGUGAUGAAAACAUCUUUACUACCACAUGUCUUAAAUACCGAUGUAUUACCAUUGUGUUUAAUGUCAUGUGACAGUGCAUAUGCUUUGUGUUUUAGAUGUAGCAACUAAAUAGAAACAUUCCUAUCACAGCUGGAAAUGUUUUAAGUGCGAUUUAUUGUUAUUGUGGAGGAGGAAGAGAUGAUUUACUCCUUCAUAUGUAAUAAAUUUUACAUCAAUUA